CCACCAGCCAAAAAGCCUCGUAAAGAAUAUCUUUGUGACACCUGCGGCAAGACCUUCUCUCGCCCAAAUCAUCUAAAUACUCACCAGCGAACCCAUACUGGUAAGAAACCGUACGAAUGCACCCGUUGCGACAAAAGCUUCACCCAAAAAUCGCAUCUCAAUCGUCACCUGAAAGCGCACGACAAACAAGCUGCCGAACGGACGUUUACUUGCGCAACCUGUGGCGAAACCUUUAAUAACCGCGCCCCUUACAACGCUCAUAUUCGCACCGCUCAUCAACAACCCGCCACUGUCACUAACAGGAAACGAUCCGCCGCUAAAAACACAGACGCACCUGCUGCUAAAAAACACAAGAAGUCCGCUGAUCCUGGUACUUCACCAACUACACCGCAAACCUCAGCGCCCGGGUCUAGCUGGCACGAAGAUCCUGUUCUCAUUCCUUCGAACCUUAUUCCUGCCGCGGAGGAAAAUAUCACCGACACGUACCGUCAACACUGGCCCCAGAUCCGUACCCGAUUUAGUCGCCGUAACCGUUUACAAGACUGGUACAAUUUCCGCCUGUCCACGAUCAGUCCCACCGCUCUCCGCGAACAACUGAGCAGGAUCUUGGCUGAUCAGCCUACUGUGUUUAAAGUGAAGUUUUCCUUUGGUUUUAUUCUCCGUAAUACAGAGACUGGGGCCCUCCAGUAUCAUCAUCCAUCCGCGAACAACAAUUUGGUGCUAGAACAGCCGUUCCUGAUUUCAAGUCCAGACGAUUUAGAGCGCCUAUAUCAGCAGAUAGCGGAGAUCGAUUACUUGGAGUGGGUUCGACAGCAGCGACCUAACAGUAAAUGGGUCGUGGAUCUCAUCACGAAUGUUACCUGGUUUGUUUGGAAAAUCAGGGAUCAUCCGAUCGGCCGUGGCAAAUAUCUACCAGGUUUUAUUGUGGACAACACGGGAAUCACCCCACUCGAUCGAAACAUUCAAAGAGGCAAGCCUUAUGAAGAUAAUCUGUGUUUUUUUCGCUGUCUGGCCCUCCACAACGGUUGCCACAUGAAGAAUUUAGAGAGGGACACGCAGUACUAUUACCAACAGUAUCGAGACGCCGGGUUAGGAAAAAAGAAGUUCCAUGGGGUCAAGCUGUCCGAACUAGACGAGUUGGAGAAAUUGUAUGAAGUGAAUAUUCAAGUAUACAGUCUCGCGCCUACUCAGAGCCACAGUAAAGACGAAGACAAUGAAGAAAAUACUCCCGAGAUUGCCGCCACCCUGCUUCGCCGCUCUCACCGCCACUACUCCAGCACGCUUUACUUGAACUUGUACGAAAACCAUUUCUCGUAUAUUAAAGAUCUCGCCCGGUACAGUAAAUCCUUCUGCUGUUCAAGAUGUGGCAAGUACUGGAAACGCGCAAGUAAUUUAAGGCAACAUGAGAAAACCUGUGACGGCAAAGUCCAGCUGAAGUACCCUGGCGGAGCUUACCAUGUCCCUAAAACUAUCUUUGAAGAAUUAGAAGACGAAGGUAUUGUCGUUCCUGAAGAAUGGCGGUACUUCCCUUACAGAGCCACCUUCGAUUUUGAAUGUUACUUUGACAAGAAGAAAGCUCAAGAAUUAAAGAACACUGAAAAGUUAACCUGGCAAUCUGCCCAUGUUCUCCUCAGUGUGAGUGUGUGCAGUAACGUGCCUGGUUACCAAGCACCGAAAUGUUUUGUGUCUAACGGCGACCCAAACGUGUUUAUUACAGAAUUUAUGCAGUACCUCACUAAGAUAAGCCUGAAAAGUUCUUCUAUUCUCAGUGAACAGUUUGCACCUGUGUUUGAAGCACUGAAGCAAGUACCUAACCGCGAUGACUCAACAGAAGACCAAUUAGCGCAAAUACUUGUUGAUAUCCAGGAGGGUAGUCAGCAAGCUGAAAGUGAAGAAGGGGAAGAUAAUGAUGAAGAAUUAAGUGACUACGAAAGAGAUAUCGAUUUGAUGGCAAGUGAUGACGAUGACGACGAGGAAGAAAUCGAACCGGAGAAUGAGGAAGAUCGCGCGUUUCUCAAUGAUGAGGUAACAGAAAACGACCCUUCCUUUUACAGAAGACUGAACGUUGAGUUGGAUACUGAGAGGAGACAAGAGAGGAGACAACAGCGAGAUGAGCUAGCCCAGUACGAAGAUGUGUUGUUUGGUCAAGAGCAGACUAGCGACAACAAAGUCUUAACAAAGCUAGCUGAAAAACUGAACGCAUACUUACAAGAACUGCCCGUGCUAGGCUUCAACUCUGGCAAGUACGAUCUCAACGCUGUGAAAGAAUUUGUAUUUCCCUACCUUAUUGAGUCUCAACCCAUCAAGUUCACUGUCAAAAGAAACAGCAACCAUAUGUGUCUCAAGACAAACUCCUUAAAAUUUCUGGACAUUUCGAACUAUGUCGCGCCGGGUUUCAGCUAUGACCAGUUUCUAAGAGCGUAUGAAUGCGAGCAAACCAAAGGUUUCUUCCCUUACGAGUGGAUCGACAGCCUGGACAAGCUCGAAGAAACAUCGCUGCCCCCGCAUGAAGCUUUCUACUCAAGUCUGAAGAACCAAAACAUUACAGAAGAAGAAUAUGAGUACUGCCAGCAAGUAUGGGAAGAAAAUGAAAUGUCCACCUUUCAAGAGUUCUUAAUCUGGUACAAUAAUUUGGAUGUCGUUCCUUUCCUCGAGGCUGUAGAGAAAAUGAGUCAGUUCUGGCAGGAGAGAAAGAUCGAUAUGUUUAAAGAUGGCAUUUCUGUCCCUGGUUUAACCCUCAAGUACCUCUUCUCUUAUCUUUCACCUCAAACUUACUUCAGUCUCUUCGAUCAAGCGAACAGUGAUCUCUACCAUCUGAUCAAAGACAACAACACGGGCGGCCCAAGUAUUAUUUUCCACCGAUAUCAUGAAGCCGGCAAAACAAAGAUCAGAGAAGCAGAGGAAGGCGAGGCUGCUAAGCUGUGCGAGAAGAUCGUGGGGUAUGACGCGAACGCUUUGUACCUCUGGGCGCUCAUGCAAGAUAUGCCCACGGGAAGUUAUACGAGACGCCUGUCGGACAAUGAGUUCAAACCGAAAAGUUCUGUACGCAUGGCUAUUGAAUGGUUGGAAUGGGUGGCGCACAAAGAGGGAAUUCACAUCCGACAUCAGUUAAACAAUACAGAAAAGCGCAUCGGUGGUCGUAAACUGCCUGUGGACGGUUUCAACGCGCAGACGCAAACUGCGUACCAGUUUCACGGCUGUUAUUGGCACGGUCAUGACUGUGCUCUCAACCGAGGGAAAGAGUUUAACGAGAAACGCAAGAAACCUAUGGCUCAGAUCAGAGAAGAAACGAGAGCCAACACGGAGUAUAUCCGCAGCAAAGGGUACAACGUGGUGGAAAUGUAUGAAUGUCAGUGGAGAGAAAUGAAGAGAACCAACCGAGAACUACGGCAUUUUAUUGCCACCGAAGUGAGAAGAACCCUGGAUCAAGUCAAGAUCAUGAGUCCCGAACGAAUAUUGAACGAGGUGCGACAUGAGCGUUUGUUCGGGUGCGUGGAAGUAGAUAUUCGUGUACCAGAUCACUUAAAGGAAAAGUUUAGUGAAAUGUGCCCGAUCUUCAAGAACACAGAAAUCAGUCGCGAUGAUAUUGGUGAAUUUAUGAAAGCGUACGCCGAGGAGCACAACAUCAUGGCUCAACCCCGUCGCAGUUUGAUUGGGAGCAUGAAAGGAGAAAAGAUCCUGCUGGCCACACCCCUCCUCAAGUGGUACCUGGAACAUGGUUUAGAGGUCACGAAAGUGCACCAAGUGAUCGAGUUCACCCCUCAACCCUGCUUCAAACCGUUUGGGGAUGCGGUGUCAGACGCGAGGAGAGCCGGAGAUGCGGACCCCAGUAAAGCCAUCAUUGCAGAUACCAUGAAAUUGGUAAGUUUUUUGUUUCAUUCUUUCAUUCAUAAAGGGAUGGGAACAAUAUACAUUUUCACGUAUAGAAAAAACUUAUAUCUUUGUUUAUCUCUCAGGUGGGUAAUUCAGGUUAUGGUAAGACGAUCACCAACCAACUGAAACACAGAAACGUGGAGUAUUGCAGUGACGCUCAUGAUCAGGCCAGCCGAAAAGUGAACACCCACCUUUUCCGUAAACUAGAAAACAUCACUGAAGAUACUUAUGAAGUGCAGUCUUGCAAAAAAUCCAUUAAAUUAAAUCUACCCAUUCAAGUAGGCUUUUUUGUGUACCAGUAUGCCAAACUUCGCAUGCUACAGUUUUAUUAUGAUUUCUUAGACAAAUAUCUAAACCGCUCAGAUUUCCAAAUGUGUGAAAUGGAUACGAAUUCAGCGUAUAUUGCCAUUUCAGGGGAUAGUGUUGAGUCUUUGGUCAAACCAGAAUUGAAAGCAGAGUUCGAAGCUGAUAAAUGUAACUGGUUUCCCCGUACCGACACUGCGGAACAUAAGGCCUAUGAUAAGAGAAAGCCAGGUCUUUUUAAAGUUGAGUGGGAGGGACAAGGAAUCGUGGGUUUAUGUUCCAAAACCUACUACUGUUUUGGGGCCAAAGAUAAGUUUAGUUGUAAGGGUGUCAAUAAGAAAUGCAAUGACAUUAACAAAGAUAAAUACCUUAAUGUCUUACUUACAAAACAAAAUAGUGCUGGGGUGAAUCGAGGGUUCAGAGUUGUAAAUAAUACUAUGUACACUUAUGAGCAAGUUAGGGAUGCCUUUUCGUAUUUCUACCCGAAACGUAAAGUUUUGGCUGAUGGAGUUAGCACCACUCCACUCGAAAUUUAA